AUGGGGGUGGUAGGAAGAAUCUCAUCCUUGGGCUCUAUGGAAAGAAUAAUGAAGGCUCAGGCACGAAUAGACAACUCAACAAUGGGUUACAUGUCAGCAAAGAAACAUUUGGAGAUAAACCCUGACCAUUCCAUUAUUGAAACUAUACGGCAAAAGGCAGAGGCUGACAAGAAUGAUAAAUCAGUCAAAGAUCUGGUCAUCUUAUUGUAUGAGACUGCACUGCUAUCUUCUGGCUUCAGUUUGGAAGAUCCCCAGACACAUGCCAAUUGCAUCUACAGGAUGAUCAAGCUCGGUGUUGGAACUGAUGAAGAUGAUUCAACUACUGAAGAAACCAAUGCAGCUAUAACUGAGGAAAUGCCACCUCUUGAAGGAGAUGAUGACACAUCGUGCAUGGAAGAAGUGGACUAA